AUGAAUGAAGAAUUAAAAAAACUGCAACACGCUUCAUUUGAUGAAAUUUGUUCAAUUAUAACAAAUUCAGAUUCCAAUUUAGAACGUGGCUAUGCAGCUUUGCAGCUUGAUUCUCUUAUUUCUUUAAAUAUUGAAGAAGUGUUUACAAAAAGAAACUUAUUGAUUGUAGCACUAUCCAAUAAUUUAGAGAAUUACAGUGUCUGCAAUAUAAUUAUAACGUCAUUUACUGCUGAUCUCCUUUACGAAUGGACCGAAUUACACGAAUUUAUUCAGCAGCUUCUACAAGACCAUGAUCAAGUCAACAUCAGGAUUGCAUCACUGAUAUUAGCAAAUAUAUUGCCGUAUUUUGCUCCAGAAGACUUUGAAUCUUAUCAUCAUACGAUAAUGCUCACAUUAUAUAACUGUGCGAAUGCACAUCUUAUUUUUGAACUAGCAGACAUACUCGCUCGCAUUACCUACUGCUCGGAAUUCAUCAACGAUUUUGUCGGACCAAUAAAUGAAUGCUUCAUCUCUCUGGAAAAGUCCAUCGUUCUAGGGGAUGAUCAUCUUAAUAACAUGCUCAGUGUCCCACUGUGCGCAAUUAUUGAGUCAGAAAAAGUUCCAGAAGUUUUACAAACCGCAAUUACUCUUUGCUUAUCACCUCCAACAAAUCUGUCGCUAUUCUGGCUCUUAAAUUCCAUUAUUAAUACAUAUCCUGAUGAAAUACAGAAGGAUUUCAACAAAAUAUUUAAUAAGACAUUUUCUGCAAUGAAAACAUGCCCUACUGAGGAUGUUAUUUACAUUGCAGAGACAAUGGAGCUCCUAUCGAUAAAGUUUCCACAACAAUUUGGAAAUCAAUUUCUUCAAUCUUACGAUAUAAAAACAGAAAGAAGCAUAUACGCUUUUGUAACUACAAUAUCAUCGACAGUAGAACACGCACCAUUUAUUAUUAACCAAAAAGUAUGCCAUUCCCUCAUAAUAAGUUUACAAUGUACUCAAAUGUACGUAAAACUAGCCACAAUUGACGCAAUGAAGGAAGUUGCCAUGAUAAAUGACUCAGUACGCGUUACUAUUCUUGAACAAUUAUACGAUUUAAUGGGCGCUGUCGAUCAACAGUUACUAUCUCGAGUUUUAAACGCGGCAUCUUUCAUUAUCGACAGUUUUCCAUUACCACCCAACAUGAUACAGACACUUAUUGACCGGAUUCGUGUCCUAAUUCGUCCAAUUUCGUUAUGCCGCCACUUAUGUGUCUCUUUGGUCUUUUCUGUUGGCUAUUCCAUAUCGAAGUACAACUCACUGAUAUUCCCUAUCAUAUCACAAGCGGCUCUGGCGACCUCCAGCGACGUAGAUCCUUCAUUAAAGUGCAGAUCCAUCGAAGCAAUAGGAAUUUUGUCAUACGGACUUAAAGAUCAGAGGGCAGAGGACAUUGUUGCGUCAUGCAUGGCCGAUGAAACCGAUGAAGUCGUUCUUUCUGUGUUAAUUGCAGUUUCUUACUUCGCAAAGUUCCAUAAGAACAUUCAGAGGUUCAAAGAAUUCACAGAAAAGUACGUUCAAAAGUACACAGAACAAUUUACUCAAGAAUUUUUCAUAAAUCACUCAUAUGAAAACUUCUUUUUACAUCAACCGCUGAAUGAAUCAGUUAAUGAUGACCAGCAGCAAGAAGAUAAUGCAGAACAAACGAAUAUUCCGUUGGAAAAUGAAGAUGAGGAAAAUAAUUUUAAUAAUUCUGUUGAAAUUAGCGAAAUCUUCCAGUCAGACCUUCAGGAAAAGUUCGAGAGAUCGCAGCACGGCUGGUUUUUAACAGUUUCGAUCCUUGCAAAACGAUUAUUCAAGAACAAAUGCAACUUUUCAGCGGAAAUCUUCCUUCCUGUGUGCAUCAGGAUACUCGAUGAAUGUUCCUUAGAGGAGAAAUGCGAGGCUUCCAAGGCAAUUUCCUGUAUUUUCACCUCGGAUGAGACAAAAUUCGACCAAAGCGUCGUAGAAAAGAUCAUUGAUAUCGAAGACAGGUCAUGCAAUCUCAGAUCAAUGGCAAUUCUGAUAUCAAAGUUCCCUCAAAUCGAGAAAGAGUCAAUAAUCAAAUUAUCUGAUUAUUGUUUAGAGAUAUUGAGCACAUCCAAGAAGGAUGAUGAAGAAUCAAAGCGUCUGAACAAGAGGAUCUACUUCUUUUUCAUUUCCAUGAUGAAAAAUUUCAAAAAUAUUUUUCCGAUCUCCCAUUUGGCCACAGUCACCUCAUUUCCCAAUUGUUCGCAGACAGUCAUCAUAAAGAUCAUCAUCAGAUACCUCAAAGACGUCGAAAUGAACAAUAAAAUUAUUGAUUCUCUUAUUUCUCAAAUGGAUGACUUAGAUUGCGACGCAGUUGGCGAGUUAUUGAUUGGAUUCACCGAAAUCGCCGUCGACAAGAUUCCAACUGAAAAACUCCAGAGAUUUCUGAAUUUCGGAGGAAUUUCAGCGAAUGGAGCUUUGUCUUAUCUUUCCUACGUCUCAGAACGCGGCAGAAACAUCAGGGACAUUCUCGUCGAGAUCAUUGACGCUUUCGACUGUGUCAGGAAAGAUUCGAACAGAAUUAUUUCUAAAAUCAGCGACAUAAUUCUGCAGGACGACUACACGAGGUCUAAGUGCGAUGUUAGGAUCACUACUUCGUUUGCUUCUGUUCUAACUCAGCCUGACGAUGUCUGGGAUUCGAUGGACGUGAAUGAAGAAGUCAGACUGAAACUGGUGAAUGUAAUAAAGAAAGUUACUGACGAAUCACACGAAGCAAAUAUUAAUUUGGUCGCUUUCUUGAGUAUCAACAACAGAAUGGACAGAUUCCAGAAGAGAACUCAGUUUUAA